UUAAAAACAGGUCUUCAACAUGAGAAAUGAGAACGAACGAACAUUCGCCUGCACCUCCUUCUGCCAUCAUCAUGUUUUCGAGCUUGGACCUCGCCACCCCCAUAAAACACCGUAUGUAGCUCCAUCAACUCUUCGAUCUUUAUAGAGACCGAAUGUACCACACUGUCGGGGAGGGAGGCGGAAUUUAGAAUAGCUGCACAAGCUCAUCUGUCACAGAUUGCUAUUCUCUUCAGAAAAUAAAGGGGGGCUCGCGACUUAAACCUGUUACAUUGAAAAUGCCAAGAUAACCAAAUCGUCGAAAGUCCCGAAAAAAUAAUUACGGAGCUAGUAGGCCUAAGACAUGGUGCCCGCAGAGGUUAUUGACGAGGAGGAGAAUGCGGCAGUACCGACAAAGGACAAGCCAGAAAAUCGAACACUACAGUACCAGCAAACUUUGAUGUAUGGGCGCUACACACAGGAACUGGGUGUGUAUGCCAAAGAGGAGGCGGCCCGCCUCCGGGAUGGAGGUAGGCUGCAGAGGACCACCAGCGUCCGAAGUCGUUCAGCAGAACUGCUGGAGUAUGAGAAAGAACCCUGCGCCAAGUGUCAUAUGUGUACAUCGCGCUGUCAGAAGUUCCUGAUCUCUCGUGUCGGUGAGGACUGGAUCUUCCUCAUCCUCCUGGGUCUGCUCAUGGCUCUGGUCAGCUGGGUCAUGGACUAUGCCAUAGCUUUCUGCCAGCAAGCACAGAAGUGGAUGUACGGAGGGCUGGACAGCAACAUGCUUCUCCAGUACCUAGUCUGGGUCACCUACCCUGUGGUGCUCAUCACAUUCUCAGCAGGAUUCACACAGAUCCUGGCCCCGCAAGCUGUGGGUUCCGGGAUCCCUGAGAUGAAGACCAUUCUGAGGGGGGUGGUCCUGAAGGAGUAUCUGACCUUCAAAACCUUUGUUGCCAAAGUUAUUGGCCUCACCUGUGCCCUGGGCAGUGGAAUGCCCCUGGGGAAGGAGGGCCCCUUUGUCCAUGUAGCCAGCUUGUGUGCAGCCCUCCUGAGCAAAUUCAUGGCUGCUCUGUUUGGGGGCAUCUACAUGGUAAGCGCCUCCCCUACUCAUAAACACAUGGAAGAGCCCUUUGAGGGGAACAAGAAUGAGUUGAGAAACACUGAGAUGUUGUCCGCUGCGUGUGCGGUGGGUGUGGGCUGCUGCUUUGCUGCCCCAAUUGGAGGUGUGCUCUUCAGCAUUGAGGUCACCUCAACGUUUUUUGCUGUGAGGAACUACUGGAGAGGGUUUUUUGCUGCCACCUUCAGUGCUUUCAUCUUCAGGGUGCUCGCAGUUUGGAACCAGGAUGAAGAGACCAUCACUGCCCUCUUCAAGACACGCUUCCGUUUAGACUUCCCCUUUGACCUCCAGGAGCUGCCAGCAUUUGCCAUCCUGGGGAUCACCUGUGGAUUUGGUGGAGCUCUCUUUGUCUACCUGAACAGACUUAUCGUUGAGUGUAUGAGGAAGCAGAAAACCAUCAACAAGUUCCUCCUGAGGAAUCCAUCUCUACCUAUCAGGCGACUGGUGUACCCGGCCAUGGUCACUUUACUGGUGUCCACCCUCACCUUCCCUCCAGGCUUCGGACAGUUCAUGGCCGGACAGCUGACGCAGCACGAAUCACUGGUGGCUUUGUUCGACAACCGCACCUGGUCCCGUCAGGGCAUGGCCGAGGAGUUUGACUACAUCAGUCACUCCCAUGCUUGGAAACACCCGCAGGUCAACGUCUUCAUCACACUUAUCCUCUUUAUCAUCAUGAAGUUCUGGAUGUCUGCUGUGGCUACCACAAUGCCAGUGCCAUGUGGGGCAUUUAUGCCAGUUUUCCUCAUUGGUGCGGCUUUUGGUCGUCUUGUUGGAGAGACCAUGGCUGCCAUGUUCCCCGAUGGCAUACAUGCAGACGGAAGCGUGUAUCCCAUUGUUCCUGGUGGUUAUGCCGUAGUAGGUGCUGCGGCCCUGUCUGGGGCAGUUACACACACCGUGUCUACGGCUGUCAUUGUGUUUGAACUGACCGGUCAGAUCUCUCACAUCCUUCCUGUGAUGAUCGCUGUGAUCCUGGCCAACGCAGUGGCCCAGUCCCUUCAGCCCUCACUUUACGACUCUAUCAUCAGGAUUAAGAAGCUACCCUACCUCCCUGAGUUGGGCAUGGGACACCACGAGAAGUAUAAUAUUCGUGUGGAGGACAUUAUGGUUCGUGAUGUGCGUUACAUCACUCUCUCCUCCACCUACCGAGACUUGCAAGAAGUUCUGCUGACUGGACAACUCAAAACACUGGCCUUGGUUGAGUCCACAGACUCUAUGAUUUUGCUGGGUUCUAUCGAGCGCUCCCAGCUCCAGUCCCUCCUUUCCCUCCAGUUGGGCCACCAGCGGCGUCUGGAGCGCCUCAGAGAGCUUUCCCAGAACAAUGGCACCCAUGACCACCUACCCAGCCUGGGCACUGAUACGCCCCCCAGCCCGCCCUGCACCCACACCAUUGACAACACCCAUGCCCGCCAAGAGGUCCGCUUCCUGGUGAGCACCCAACAGAUCUCCACAGAAGAAUCAUCCUUCCUCCCGGCAGUCACCAACUCCCAGCUCCCUCUCAAGUCUGCACUGAAAACAGUGUCUGCCAUAAGUGACACUGAGACCCCUGAAAGUCCUCAGACUCUAUCCUGUGUUGAAGCAGAGAAAGAGCUGCUUGAGAGCUCUGCUGGGCCAGUGGCUCCUGAGAGCAGGAGGCCCAAGCCAAAGCGAGUGAAGAUUUCCAUGGCGGACCCACCUGAAGUUGAGGAUGACAUGACCACAACUGAGAUCGCAGAGUGGGAGGAGCAACAGCUAGAAGAGCCAGUCGAUUUCAAAAACUGUAAGAUUGACCCUGCCCCUUUUCAGCUGGUGGAGAGGACGUCUCUCCAUAAGACUCACACCAUCUUCUCUCUCCUGGGUCUGGACCAUGCCUAUGUAACCAGUACUGGACGCCUUGUGGGAGUGGUUUCCCUUAAAGAGUUGCGUAAAGCCAUUGAGGGUUCAGUAACAGUGACUGGAGUGAAAGUACGCCCCCCUUUGGCCAGUUUCCGUGACAGCGGGACCAGCACUAGUGUCUCUGAGGUGACAGAACUUCACAAGCUAUGGAACCGCCACCGGGGGCUCUCGUUGCCACGGGAACCCACACCGCCUGACAUGGAGAGCCAACCUGAGAUCGCUUAUGAAGAGUGUCCAGUCAACUUUCAGGACCAAUCUGAGCUGAGGUUUGAAAACACUGGUGAUAUCACAGACCCAACAUCUGACAUGGUCCUCCAGGGUAGCCCUUCCCUCACAGAGGACCAGUCAGAAUUUACUUUUGAGUGCAGCCUCUCCCACACUGAUGAGUCUGAACUGGCCUGUGACAAUGAGCCCACCCACAAGCUCACUGAACCUGACCAACCAGAGCCACAAAAAGAAGCUGGAGCUCCCCCUGAGAGCAAGGAUCAAAUGGACAAAUCCGAUCUCCAGUGUGCGAAAAGUCCCCCCCAUAUUGAGGAUAAAUUGCAAUGAGAUCAAUGAUGACAGCAAAGGGAUCCAUAGGAGAAGAUACAUGAUUGUAGAUAUAGUUCAUAUAUCCUUAAAGGUCACUUUCACCUCAGACUUUCAGUCUAUUUGUUUAUCCAUAAUGUGUGUUUACUGUGUCUCUGAGCAAAAGUGUAAGAGAGUGGAUGUGACAUCUUGCUUUGUAAGAAAAGACUUGUGUGUGUAAGAAAGAGAGAGACUCAGUGCCGCCUUUCCCAUGCAUCCAUCUGGUCCUUAAUCUCAGUUUGGUUCCU